AUCCUAAACAGUUCAAGAACAAGAGCGCAUUCGCCAGUAUGUCCAGAAUUGAACAUUAAUUAUUAGCAUAAAUAAAAAAAUUAUAAUAAUUAUUAUGUAAUAGUUGAUUUCCAUUAUAACAAAAUUGCUUUCUAAUAUAGCAUAACCUAAAAUACUAUUAAUUUUUAAUUAUUAUUGAAUAUUAUUGAUAAUAUCGUUAUCAAUGGUGAACCUUGAUGCAGUGGGAGGGUAUCUUUAUAGAAAUUACAAGUUGUUUUUAAUGGAUUUCUAAUCGUUAUCAUGAGCUAGUGCAGUUGCUUGUAUCUCCCUAACGAAGUGAAAAUGUUACUUUCGAGAAAUUUGAAGCUUGUUCGCUGUAUAAGGAAAUAUUCGAGCGAGAAAUUGUGGCAGGAAGUUUCAAUCCCGGUACCCUGGGGCGAAAUUCGAGGCAAAUGGUGGGGUCGUACCGAUAUCCGACCAGUAUUGACUCUACACGGAUGGCAGGACAACUGCGGCAGUUUCGACCGACUCAUCCCCCUGCUCCAAGCGGAAAAGUUGGGCUUUCUCGCUGUCGAUUUGCCAGGCCACGGAUACUCCUCGCGCAUCCCUCCUGGAAUGUCUUACGACUCCAACACUUACCUCCUAACAAUCAAAUACAUCCAAACCCACUUCGGAUGGCGAAAAAUAUCGUUUCUCGCUCACUCGAUGAGCGGAUUCUUCGCUUAUAUGUACACCAUGUACUAUCCAGACCGAGUGGAUUUUCUGGCAUUGUUCGACAGUAUUUGGCAUCAGGAUGAUGCUGUGCGCAUUAAAGCUGAAAGGGUAGAGAGUUUUGUUAAAAACAAUGCGUUUGCUUUUACUGAAAAAGAGCCUCCGAGUUACAGCUUGGAGCAGCUAAGGCAAAUGCUUAGUGUUCCAAAUAAAAAUUCCAUCAAGUUAGAAUUAACAGAUUUUAUUUUGAAACGUAACAUAGCUACUUCAGCAUUGAAUCCUGGAAAGUAUUACUUCACAAGAGACCCAAGAUUGAAGUCGUUUGAUCUAAUUUACUGUUUAAGGGAAGAAUUUAUAAAAUUCACGCAAACCAUUAUUUGUCCUGUGUUUUUUGUAAGAUUUAAACAAUCCUAUGGCGAUAGCAUGCAGUUCUAUCACGGGGUUGCUGAGAUUUUAAAGAAAUUCAACUCUAGAGCUGAGUGUUUGUUGCUAGAUGGUACACAUCAUGGGCAUUUGAAUACACCAGACGAGCUAGCAGGAUUGCUUAGAAGAUUUAUUGAUAAAUAUGGGAAUAUGGAGACAAGUGGAGUGAAAGAUGGAGAUUUUUUUAAGGGGGAUGAUCCUAGAAUAAAAGAAUUGAAUAACAAUUGUGGCGUGUUUGACCCCCUAAUCCCCCUACUGAACAAAGAAGUCGGUUUUUUGGCCAUCGACCUUCCAGGACACGGUUAUUCGUCACGCUUGCCCCCUGGUCAGUACUACAACCUCACCGUCUAUCUUCUAACCAUCAGAUACGUCACAAACUAUUUCCAAUGGCCUAAAACAAGCAUUUUGUCACACUCAAAAGGCAGCACUAUAGCCUAUAUUUACGCCAACAUGUUUCCGCACUUGGUGGACUUUUUGGCAAUUUUAGACGCUAUCAUGCUUCCCGAUAGGGUUGAACCUAUGAUCAAGCCUUACGAGAAAUUUGUUCAGUAUAAUGAGUAUGCCUUUAGUGAUAAUGAACCUCCUAGGUAUACUCUUGAUGAAAUAAGGCAAAAGGCCCACAAGCCUCACGGAAAUUCAGUCGAUUUAGACAAGGCUGACUAUUUGAUGCGAAGAGACAUUGCCCCAUCGAAGACCCAUCCAGGAAAAUACUACAUUACAAUCGACCCUAGAACAAAAUGUUACGACAUGCUGAUGUUUUCACCAAAAGAACUCAACGAAUACUCAAAAUACGUCGAUUUACCGAUAUUUAUGGCUAAAUUCGUUGAGCAUGGCUACUUAAUAGAGCGAGAGGAGUUUUGCAAAGUUGCUUACGGCCUUACCAAGAACGAAAACUUGGAAGUGCAUUACGUCAAAGGGACGCAUCAUGCUAUGAUGAACAAUCCAGAGGAGUUGGCUCCGCUUUUGAGGAACUUUAUUCGGAAGCAUAAUAUAGGUGAUAGAAGUAUUGGAAGGAUGAGGCAGGAAAUGGUUGUGAGAGAAGAUCCAAGGAUUCAGAUGGCGAUAUAAUUUACUUAUACCAUUAUUUAUCAAUUAUUAUUAAAUAUAAAAAUAUGUGAAUAUAGCAACAACAUCUUCUCUAAUAGUAGGACAGAAACUGUCUUAUCUGUUUUUGAGCCAAAGACUAAAAAGUCUUCAUAAUCCUGAAAAUUACCUAAGGAUAGGAGAUGUCGUAAGUAAAUUUACAUCUCAAAGACAACUGACUUACGCAACUUUUAUUUAUCCGCUGAUACAAGAUUUCUGGCUCACACUGUAUCUUUGUAUCUCUUACUAAAUUGUACCUAGUAGGAUAAAAUUGGUUGGAAGAAUUCAAAUUUGGUGCCCUUCUAGUCUAGUCAAACAGGAUUCUCGUUUUCAAACUAUUAAUAAUUUCUCCUGUUUGGCACCUCUCACCUCAAUAAUGGACUUGUGACCUGCGCCCCGAUUCCGAACCCACGAUUCGAUAGUCGUCUAUAUAAAUAUAGAUAGACGAUACUAUCGAAUCGUGGGUUCGGCAUAUUUUAUUUACCUAACAUUAGAAAUAUUAGAAUUUAGGAGAUUCAGUGUGGUUUUACAAACAAAAUUAAAAAUAUCAUUUCAAAUGAACUAGAACAUUAUUUAAAUUUGUUAUUAGAUAGUUUGUAUACCUACAUUCUUGGUUUGUGUUUGUACCAUAGAUUUGAAAACGACAGAUACAACAGUAAGUAUGUGUUUUGCGUUAGCUAAUACAUAUGUAUAAUAGCGCGAUAGUGGCCUGUAUUUACUUUGCGGCGCAACCUCUAAAUAAUGAAAAAAAAGGACUUACCCAGUGAUUCCAUCAGUGCACUCCUGCAGGGCCCUGCUUCACACACGCACUGCAGUGCAGAAUAUGCUGUUCCUCAAUUACGGGUUAUAGAAGUUUGUAGAAAGUUGAUACGACAGGACUUCACAAUGAAGUUUUUUGAUCAGAAAUAUUGCGACCGUGUUAAGACGGUACUACGACGCGCCCGGCGUGUCGUCUUAUCGGGUUUCUUAGCAAGUCUGUUUCAAAUUACUCGCUUCUGGUACGUCCGCACUAUCAAAAUCUAGAGGUACGAUUUUUUUGCGCGAAAACAAAAAAUGCAAGCAAACAGGAAUUUUGCACCUUUGCCAAAUUGUAUAAAAUUUACUUAGAAUAAAGACGAAACAUUGUCGCCC